CACACACAAAUAUUUCUUGUGUUAAUUCAAAUAUGUCGGAAAUUUAUUAUUUCAGAACAAGGUCAUCGAGUGGUGCACAAUUCCAACUUGUUGCAAAUUAGUAGAUGGUUUACGCGCCAAAAUGCUUCGUUUACACGUACGAUUCUAAGAUUCAUCCGUCUGUCACGUCAAUAACAACGACUCCAGAACAAUGCGUGAUUCAACCGAAAAUGGUCAGGAUCAGGAUGAUAGCUGGCUAGCUCCGUCAAAAUUGGCCGCUCAUGUAAAUAUCCAAAUGGGCAGAAACGUUGGAAUAUCACACAUUAAAGAGACUGAGACUGUCACAAUCCCAUGUAUACAAAUACCGGAUAAAUAUGGGCAUGAUAAUGACCUCAAGAGCGAGGUUAAGCCUGAAAAGGCCGUAGUUCAAAGCAAUCUGAGAAAAUCAAACUAUUUUAUACAUUUCUCGCUUUUAAACAUUUUGGCAAUGACAAAAUCAUAUUUAGAUGAUUUAUUUGCUAAACUCCUUGUAUUGGUGCUGAUUGCUCAAGCACAUGGACUUGAAUUACAAAACGAACGUUUGCCAAUAUUAAAGUGGAGUUAUUUUGAAAAUGUUUCGGCAAACACAACCAACAUAACAUUUUCAAACUGCAGUGUAUCCUAUGUGCAGUUCGACGCAUUCUGCAAAUUUAAAAACAUGACAUAUUUGGACUUUACCGGAAACAACCUGAAGUCAUUCAACAUAGCUCUCAACCAACUGCAGGUUUUGAAUUUAGCUGACAAUAAAUUAACAGCUAUUGAAAGUAAGCUGCUGCUGAACUCUCCAAAUUUACAAGAAUUGUACUUGGAACGUAAUAAUUUAAAAAGCAUUGAUUGGAAUUUAAAUGUGCAUAUCAACCUGCAAAAAGUAAUUCUAAAUGAGAAUCAGUUAACAACCAUCAGUCUGAUUUCACCGACCUUGCAAGAACUUUGGAUUAAAUUUGAAGACGCACGGGUUGAAUUUUCAGCAGUAAGCAAAAUGGAACAGCUUACAUUUUUGGAGACCAGCGGAACAGAAACUGAUGGAGCAUUGUGUUGGUUAAGCAAUUCUACACUGAUAAUUCGAUCAACUAAAGAAGAUAAAAUUUGCGGCAAUUCUACUAUAGAAAGUAAGACAUCAGUUAUUAAUUUUAAAAAGCACCAAGGCUUAAACUGUGAAUUGAGCACGUUAAGAGUACACUAUGAUGAUAUUGUUAUUUCUAAAGGAGAGUUUUAUUUAACUAUGAUGUGGUUGUAUGCUCUUCUGGCAACAGUAAUUGUAUUAUUUAUUACAAAUUGUAGUGUUGCUUUAAUGUACGUUCGAAGUUUGAAUUCGAAACAAAGGAAACGGACGAAACAUCCACAAAUUUGUUAAUUUUUAAGAUUACUUAUCUCGAUAUAUAAAAUAAAGUCGACAUAGUUACUACGCUUAUAA